UAUGACUAGUGUGUGUGUGUGUGUGUGUGUGUGUGUGUGUGUGUGUGUGUGUGUGUGUGUGUGUGUGUGUGUGUGUGUGUGUGUGUGUGUGUGUGUGUGUGUGUGUGUGUGUGUGUGUGCGCGCGCGCGCGCGUGUGUAUGUGUCUGUGUGUGUGUGUGUGUGUGUGCGUGCGUGCGUGUGCGUCAGUUUGCUUUGGAAACAUGUUCCAACAGCGCGUUACAUGAUCUGCUGCUAUUUCCAGUUCUCUGUAACCAGGCACCGCGCUGAUAUGAAGAGGAGAGCAGCAGCAUCCAGACAUGUGGUCCUCCGAUGGGCUUCAGCCGGCACGCAAUUUACCCCGCAACUCACAGACCACUACUGAGCGAGACAGCCUUUAAAAAUCUGGACUCUGGAGGCACCAUGUCAAAGACAAGAGGAGCAUUACCACCCGGACCUUAAGAGGACAGCGGAAGAAGAAGACGAAAAUGAAGGGUGUGAGGAAGGGAUCCAGCAUGGGGGGCCACGCCGGGCUGUGUGUGAGAAUGCUGGCCGUCGCUGUGCUGUGGGGGUCUGACCUCGGGGGGCCAGGCGUAGGAGGGGGUCACGCUGUCGUGGCGGCCCAGGCCACCGAGAGGAGGGUGCUUGCACACAUCCCCGGUGACAUCAUCAUGGGCGCCCUGUUCUCUGUCCACCACCAACCCCCUGCGGACAAGGUCCAUGAGCGUAAGUGCGGGGCGGUGAGGGAGCAGUACGGCAUCCAGAGGGUGGAGGCCAUGAUGCACACCCUGGACCUGAUCAACGCAGACCCCAACCUGCUCCCCAACAUCACGCUGGGCUGUGAGAUCAGGGACUCGUGCUGGCACUCUGCCGUGGCUCUGGAGCAGAGCAUCGAGUUCAUCCGGGACACGCUGGUCUCCAACGAAGAGGAGGAGAGCCAGGCCAAGUGUCCCGGGGAGGACGGGUCCGUGGUGAUGCAGUCCAAGAAGCCCAUCGUGGGCCUGAUCGGACCGGGCUCCAGCUCCGUCGCCAUCCAGGUUCAGAACCUCCUCCAGCUGUUCAACAUCCCGCAGAUAGCCUACUCGGCCACCAGCAUGGACCUCAGCGACAAGAGCCUGUUCAAGUACUUCAUGAGGGUGGUCCCGUCAGACGCCCAGCAGGCCCGAGCCAUGGUGGACAUCGUCAAGCGCUACAACUGGAGCUACGUCUCCGCCAUACACACAGAAGGCAACUACGGCGAGAGCGGCAUGGAGGCAUUUAAGGACAUGGCUGCCGAGGAGGGAAUCUGCAUCGCCCACUCGGACAAGAUCUACAGCAACGCGGGCGAGCGGAGCUUCGACAAGCUGCUGGACAAAUUGCGGGGCCACCUUCCCAAGGCCAGAGUAGUGGCCUGCUUCUGCGAGGGCAUGACCGUCCGGGGCAUACUGAUGGCCAUGCGACGCCGCCACCUGGUCGGGGAGUUCCUGCUGGUGGGGAGCGACGGCUGGGCGGACAGGUCCGACGUCACCGACGGUUACCAGAGAGAGGCCGCGGGGGGCAUCACCAUCAAGCUGAAGUCGGCCUACGUCACCUGGUUUGACGACUACUACCUGAACCUGAAGCCCGAGACCAACCUCAGGAACCCCUGGUUCCCAGAGUUCUGGCAGCACCGCUUCCAGUGCCGGCUGCGGGGCUACCCGCAGGAGAACCCCGCCUACAACCGCACCUGCAACUGGAGAGAGUCUCUGCGCCAGCAGUACGCUCAGGACACCAAGAUGGGCUUCGUCAUCAACGCCAUCUACUCCAUGGCGUACGGCCUGCACGCCAUGCAGCAGUCCCUCUGUCCCGGCUACAAGGGUUUAUGCGGCGCCAUGCGGCCCAUCGACGGACGAAAGCUCCUGGAGUUCCUGAUGAAGACUAACUUCACCGGCGUGUCCGGAGAGACGAUCUACUUUGACGCCCACGGGGACUCCCCCGGCCGGUACGAGAUCAUGAACUUCAAGCACACGGGGGACAGCGAGUACAGCUACAUCCAUGUGGGCAGCUGGGACCAGGGCGGCCUGCGGAUGGACGACGACGAGAUCUGGACCAACAACAGUGACAUCAUCCAAUCGGUGUGCUCGGAACCCUGCCAGAGGGCACAGAUCAAGGUGAUCCGUAAAGGAGAGGUGAGCUGCUGUUGGACGUGCACGCCCUGCAAGGACAACGAGUUUGUCUUUGACGAGUACACCUGUCGAGCAUGUGUGCUAGGCUACUGGCCCACUGACGACCUCACCGGCUGCGAGCCAAUCCCAGUCCAGUAUGUCCGCUGGGGGGAUCCAGAGCCAAUCGCGGCCGUGGUCUUUGCCUGCCUGGGUCUCAUGGCUACCCUCUUUGUAACAUCCAUCUUUAUUAAGUUCUGGGACACCCCUGUGGUGAAGUCGUCCAGCCGUGAGCUGUGCUACAUCAUCCUGGCUGGGAUCUUCCUGGGCUACCUCUGCACCUUCAGCCUCAUCGCCAAGCCCCACGUGGUGCUCUGCUACCUCCAGCGGCUGGGCAUCGGGCUGUCCCCGGCCAUGAGCUACUCGGCCCUGGUCACAAAGACAAACCGCAUCGCACGGAUCCUGGCAGGCAGCAAGAAGAAGAUCUGCACCAAGAAACCUCGCUUCAUGUCGGCCUGUGCCCAGCUCGUCAUCGCCUUCAUCCUCAUACUGCUGCAGCUGGGCAUCAUCGUGGCCCUGCUGGUCAUAGAGCCCCCGCAGGUGAUCUACGACUACCCAAGCAUCCGGGAGGUCCACCUGAUCUGCAACCUGACCACCCUGGGGGUGGUGGCGCCGCUGGGCUACAACGGCCUGCUCAUCCUCAGCUGCACCUUCUACGCCUUCAAGACGCGCAACGUCCCGGCCAACUUCAACGAGGCAAAGUACAUCGCCUUCACCAUGUACACCACCUGCAUCAUCUGGCUGGCCUUCGUGCCCAUCUACUUCGGCUCCAACUACAAGAUCAUCACCAUGUGCUUCAGCGUCAGCCUCAGCGCCACCGUGGCGCUGUGCUGCAUGUUCGCCCCCAAGGUGUACAUCAUGCUCGCCAAGCCGGAGAAGAACGUGCGUAGCGCCUUCACCACCUCCACGGUGGUGCGCAUGCACGUGGGCGACGCCAAGACCGCGGCCAAGGCGGCCAAACCCACCAGCAGCAUGGCCAACAUGUUCCGGCGCCGCGACUCGGGACAGGGGAACGUCAGCUCCAACGGGAAGUCUCUGACGUGGGCCCAGAACGAGCGCAGCCAGCAGCGGCCCAACCUGUGGAAGAGGAUCUCCAUCCACGUGAAGAAGACGGAGGAGGUGGAGGUCAACCACACCGCCAUCAUCAAGCCCUUCUCCAAGGGGCCCGAGUCCCCCGUCGACACCGGCAGCCUCCACGUGGAGUACGAGGACGAGUCCCCCCUGACCACCUACCCGCCCUCCCCCCCGCCCUUCCACGCCCCGACCCCCGGCGGCCUGCGCGACGACGGGGCCCGGGGCCCCCAGGGGGACGGAGGGGCAGCGGCGCACCAGCAGGCCCUGCCGGCGUACUCCCCUGGGACCCCCCAGACGCUCGGCCGCAGGCUGCCUGAGGGCCGUGGAGGGGGGCCUGCCGCGGCGGCGGAGGAUCCAGGGGUGCCGGAGGAGGAGCUGGUGGACACCGGCGUGGGGGACAUCGGCGUGAGGAUGCUGGCCGGGCAGCCCCAGUGCUCAACCAUCAUGGACCAGAUCAGCAGCGUGGUGCACCGCUUCACCGCCAACAUCAGUGAGCUCAACACCAUGAUGCUCCCCGGGUCGCCACCGGGGGGCGCCACCGGGUGCGCCGCCGUCCCGGGGCCCGGCACCUUCAUCCCCGGCCCGGAGGUCAGCGCCUGCGGGCCGCCCCCCGCCCUGAUGCCCCGGGCCCGGCCGAGCGGCUCCGCCGUCACCGCGUACGCCCAGGUGUCGGCCAGCAGCGCCGCCCCCGGCGAGAACCCGCGACCGAUGAUGUACGAGCGCAUGGCCGGCGUGUGCGCCAACGGCCGGAGGUCCAGGAAUACGGAGGAGCUGGUCGCACUGACUCCCCCGUCCCCGUUCAGAGACCUGUCCAUGGGCUCCAACAGCGACUCGCCUCCCCCGUCUCUCUCGCCGGCCUCGGAGGAGGAUUACGACCAGCUCCUGCUGCGGCACUAUACCCAGAGCUCGUCCUCCCUCUAGACCGGCUGGCCUCUAGCCAGCACCGCAGUUUAACGCUGUCUCGCCGGAAAAAUGGAAACAGAGAAGGCACCAUUUAAGUGGUCUUUUUAAAUUCCCUAUAGUUAGUAGGGUUUUUCCCAAUUUGUAUUCUGAUUCUGAGUUGCCUCGUUUAGACAUGAGAAAUAUACACCCCUAUGAACAGUAUAGGGUAGGCCUAAUGAAGGGUUUACACCCCGGUAUUGUAAACCUUUUCACCAUGUGGUUGACUUUCAUCGUAAUUGCUUUGUUUUUUCAACAGGAAUGAGCUUGCCGACUUAAUGAGAUUUAUAAUACAUUUUUACUUUCAGACGAUGAGAAGAGCUAUAGACUUGCAUGACAAGAGAGAGGUCGUCGCAACGUGAUGUCAGAGCACCAACCCCUGCUCUGAUUAAAAAUAGGACACUUUCCUCCUAAAACAUGAAACGUACGUGUGUCAUUAAGCAGUCUAGCAGUUUACAUUAUGGAUGUACUAAAGUUUAAACCAUAUACAAUUUUUUUAUAUAUAAAAGUAAAAUAAAUAAGCGUGUACUUUUCUGUUUUUAAAACAGACUUUUACUAAUAGCACUUCUGUUGUGGAAAAUGUUUUGUUUUUGUGUGGAGAAGAUGCUCUUGCUGCUACCGUUUCUAUUGAUCACAGGACGAUAAACUUGCUAGCAUAAUGACUCAACCUACACAGCAGGAGAGAAAGGGAACAUUCUGUGUUUCACAACACAGGGCGGCUGUGUGAAGUGUGCUUCCUUUUAUUUCUCUGGAGAGAUGAAUGAAUAUCUACGUAAACGAGAAGAAAAUCUAUGUUAAAAUGGCAAGAAACUAUUUGAAGGUCAGUGAAUUUUUUAGUGGACUCCAUACAUGUCAACAUGUGGCAAUGGUUAAAUGUAGAAUGUAUGUCUGACAGAACAAAGUGGACCAAAACAAUGUUGCACCUCAGGAUGUUUUGAACAAACUGUUAUUAAUUAUUCAUUAUUAUGUGAUGAUUGCAUAUAUUAAUAUGUAUUUUCUUGGCUAAAGUCAUCAGAUCAAAAGUCAACCAGAACUUGCAUGAUGCCUUCAUUUCCUUUUAAUCGGGAUAAGUUGUUUUGUGUUGAGUAGCCUAUGGUGUGUGUUUAAGUUGUUUUAACAUUCCGAUCUGGUUAUUGUAUUCAGUUCUGUUUCAGAUAAUGGGUUACAUGAAUGAUACUAGUAACUGAAUAGGGGCGGAAGACAAUAGAAGGAGGGUUUGCUUAUGAGGAAGAGGAAGCCAUUGUUCAGAUAUGUAUCUCUCAAGCCCUUUGGUGUGUUAUGCACAGAUGGUGGUUAUAAAUGUUGCCAGCAUUUUAAACUAGGACUGAUGUUCUGCAUUUUCAUGGCAUGACGUCUAUGGCUAUGUUAUUGUUGACACUUUUCCAAACCAUUUGUCAAAUGGAAAACAUUGAAUACUUAAAUUAGGCUUUGAAAUGCAUGGGCUUGAUUAUGCUGACAACGUGUGUUUUAGUAUUUAAGUUAGUCCUUGGAUUCAAACUCAGUAACUCCCUUAAUAUUGGUGUGCUUUCUAAACAGUUUUGACUGUUGCUUCCCUACUGCCCUACCAAGCAGUGUGUACCAGGCUUUUUAUUUAUAUUCUAGAUUUGAAUGAAGAUUACUACCAUAUAUGCAUGCCUCAGAAGACAAUGUCUGUUCCAACAGCUGCUUUGUGCCAAUAUCCAUGUGAGAAAGACCACUGGCUUUCUCUCUUUUCAUCUGCCUUUAAACUGUUGUGUGAUGCAUACAAACAAUGGAUCUAUCUAUCUAUCUAUCUAUCUAUCUAUCUAUCUAUCUAUCUAUCUAUCUAUCUAUCUAUCUAUCUAUCUAUCUAUCUAUCUAUCUAUCUAUCUAUCUAUCUAUCUAUCUAUCUAUCUAUCUCUAUCUCUAUCUCUAUCUCUAUCUAUCUAUCUAUCUAUCUAUCUAUCUAUCUAUCUAUCUAUCUAUCUAUCUAUCUAUCUAUCUAUCUAUCUAUCUAUCUAUCUAUCUAUCUAUCUAUCUAUCUAUCUAUCUAUCUAUCUAUCUAUCUAUCCAUCUAUCCAUCUAUCCAUCUAUCCAUCUAUCCAUCUAUCCAUCCAUCUAUCCAUCCAUCCAUCCAUCUAUCCACCUACCUAUAUAUCUGUCUGUCCAUCUGAUUGUAUGUUUCUGUCUGUCCUUCGUUACAUCUGGGAGUGUUAUAAAAACAAUUUUCUGAUUAUUUAAUUAAUUACUUCACAUUUCAUCUUUAAUAUGAACCGUGUGUCAUAAUAUUUGUUUGAAAUUCUAAGCGUUUUUGUUUUUAUAAAUAUCAUUUGUUGCUGUAUUCUUGCUUUUCAUUUUAAUAUUAAAUGUUUUAAAUACAGGUUGUCUACGUUUGUUUUUGUUUGUAAGCAUACCUGUAACAACAUUAUUAGCAUUAGGGUAGGCCUAUUAUUAUCUAUCAUUUAUCGUGGGGCAUUAAUAAUCUAGGCAUACGAUCUUAAUUUAUUUUUUACACCAAUUUACAAACCAGUGUAUACAGAUCAUAAAAGUUAUUCUCAAUCAGAACUAUUGGAAAUAGAUCAAAUACUGUACAACAUGUUUUUAUCAGGAGUUGUGUGCCUCGAUUCAUUGAUCAAGUCGUA